AUGAAAACCAGCAGAGUUGAAAUGUUUAUAUGUAAUAGGAUACCUCUUCUGGUUAGGAGGUCCCUCUCCACAACGCACCUGGUUAAACAAGCCGUGGGUAAUCCGUCAUUCAGAAGAAGACCGUCGCACGAUCACAAAAAUAGAAUAUCAUACACAAACUACAGUGAUGUCAGCACAGAGAAAGCUUCGAUAUUGUCCAGCACUCCUGUUGCUACUUCCAUCUUAAACGAACCUACUAUUAUAAUCGAGAGACAGAUCGAAGUGAUGAACAUUGUUGUCGGUUUUGAGCAAGCGAAUAAAUAUAAGAUUAUGGACGUUCGUGGUAAUGCAUUGGGACGUAUUGAAGAACGUGACUAUUCAAUCGGUAAAGCUGCAUUGAGACAAUUGUCUAAACUUCAUAGACCGUUCACCGUUGAUGUAUUUGACAACUAUAAUAAUGUGAUAUUGACUAUCAAGAGACCAUUUUCAUGGGUGAAUUCACAUAUACAAGCCAUAUUGCCAAAUGAGGAAACAGGACAAUUUGAUGAAGGAAGUCAAGUUGUUGGCGAAUCAGUUCAAAAAUGGCAUGCUUGGCGACGUAAAUACGAAUUAUUUGCGAACACAAGAGAUGAGGAACAGACAAGUUCUGAUCCAUACUUCAAACAAUUUGGUGUUAUCGAUGCACCAUUCUUAUCAUUCGAAUUCGCUGUACGCGAUAAAAACAAUAAAAUAAUAGGUGGAGUUGAUAGAAAUUGGGUAGGUAUUGGCAGAGAAUUAUUCACCGACACAGGCAUUUAUAUAGUAAGAUUCGACUCAACAAGAUCAUUUGAAAACAUAUAUCCUCCAGAAACAUUAUCCACGAAUGUCAUGACUCUUGAUGAAAGAGCAGUACUAUUAGCGAAUGCAAUUUCAAUUGAUUUCGACUAUUUCUCUAGACAUUCUAGAUCAACUGGAGGAGGAUUACUUACUUUCGGAGGAGAUGGAUAUGAAUAA